AUGACCGCACAACUAUUACUCCUUUUAAUUUUAUUGGCGAAAGAAAACACGGCGGAACAUUGUGACGUACAAUCCGAGGAAUCGAAUAAACGGUGCUUUGUGAAGCAGACACUGGCGACACUCCCGCACAGUCCCAACCAAUUAGCCGUCGACAAACUAACUAACACACUUUACUUCAGUUUCGACGCCGGCCAGGGCGAGUACCUGCCCGCUGCACUCCAACUUGACACCAAAAGGCUUACCGUUUUAAAAGGAGUCAAGGACGCUUUUGCCAUAGCAAGCGAUGAAGAGAAUGGUGAAGUGUACUUCGGAGGUAGUCACGGCAUUUACAGAUACAAUCCUGUAUUGAAAACUCUGAAGCGGCUGCUCGUAAAGAAUUUGGAUAUCUGGUGGCUAGUGUUGAAAAAGCGAUUGUAUUUUAUCAGGUUCCCGAGUUUGAAGGCGUAUUUCUAUGCUAAUAAAUCGGUGAAAGGGGUAUCUAACCUGAACAAUUAUACUGUAAAUCAGUUCGUUUUCGACGCUGAAGAUAACAUAUUCUUCAUAAACGGCACUGGGUUAUUCGGGAUCAAGAACAACAGUACUUCUCCUAUACUGCUCAAAGAUAACCCGAGGUUCCUUGGCAUGGCUGUUGACAACUCCAGUCACGUAUAUUUGUGUAGCGAGAACAGUAUCUAUGUUAUCAGUCAAAUGGUGCAAAAAGUGAAGAAAAUAGUGAGCGUUGCUGGCGUGUUGGGGAUCGGCUUUGAUAGGGACAAUAACCUCAUUUAUUCGGACUCCCAUGAAUUGGUGCGGUUAAUGCCUGUUAAUAGCAAAAGUUAAAGAAUUUG